AUGACAUCUGCCGAAUUUCCCCAAUCGUUUGUGCGACCGUGGAAACAACUCCUGCAGUCGCGUCGCGAUGAACAGCAAGACGACUUUCCAAACCACCACGUUGAUAACAUCGAUUCGCUCGUCACCACUAGCUCGCCCAAGGCAUUGUACGUGGGAACAGGUCACUCAAUCUAUACGCGCGCUCUUCUUCCCGCCAUUCUCAGCGCCAAACACUCUGUUCAGCUCAUCACCUGCUACUGGGCCGACUCUCCGUCUCUGGAUGCUAUCCGCGAAGCCCUUCUCCAGCUUGCCGCUGCACGUGCAGAAGCCAACGUCGAGUCACCUCUCAAAAUCACGAUUGGGUUCUCUUCUCGCGGUCUAUUUCAGAAAUUGUUCCAUCCUGCUUCGAGAGACGGCUAUGUUUAUCCUCCCUUGCAGUGGCCCAAGCUGGGUCUCCCGGACAAGGACGUGCUGCAGAACGCGCGCAUCGAGCUGACGGUCAAGAGUCUGUUCUUUACCCCGUUUAGCGUCAUGCACCCCAAGUUUGUGAUUGUAGAUGGCAAGAGGGCUUGGGUUCCGAGCUGCAAUGUUAGCUGGGAGAGGUGGUUUGAGGGCUGUGUUGAGGUUGAGGGCGACAUUGUUGAUCGUCUGUCUGCCUUUUACGAGAGGGUAUGGGGAGAAACCAAGGUCUCUCGCCAGGAUGAUGACCAUGAUGAGAUAUCGAUAACUCGUCUCCCCGAGAAUACCGUCAACUCGACCAAUGACAACGAAACAGCGACGCAAUCAAUCGAGUUUCCCACCACUGGCCCUGUGCCAACCAUCUUUCUCCCUUCUUCACACCAUCGGAACCCCAGAUUCUCCUUCUUUCCCUUCCUAUCACAGUCAAACCCGCCAAUGACUCCCCUCAACGCCGCCCUUCUAACCCUGUUCGCAAAUGCCCAGCGAAAAAUCACUAUUCUUACCCCCAACGUCACGUCGUGGCCUGUGGUUGAAGGGCUCUUGGAGGCGCUUGCACGAGGUGUGGACGUGCAAAUCAGAACGAGCAAGGGUAUGAUGCUUAUCGAGCAGCUUAUCACUGCUGGUACUACUACCGCCUGGUGUUUACGCAAGUUCAUUCAGAGGUACAAUGCCUUGGCCAACCAGCCGCGUCCGUCGGAUCCGGAAGCACAGGCGAUGGCGCCCGACGGGACAUGGAGGAUGAACCAGUCGUGA